UUUUGUUAUUCCACAAAUAGACCUUUUUAGUAUUAUUUUUUGGUAAAAAAAUGGUUUCACCUAUUUACCGGGAACCCAAACAUUGUAAAUAAUAUUUCCCAACGUGAAUUAAACUUAAGUGGCGGUAAUUACAGCCGCAACUCCUCUACCACUGGACCAAUUCAACGUUAGUCCCUUUUUAUUGUUAUGUUAUAUGAAACGAACAAACUUUUUUAGCUCACGUCUAAGAGUAUGUAGUUGGCUUAUAUAGAUUUAUCAUUAACUUUUUUUUAAGCUCACGACGAACAAACACCAAUCUAGAAAGUAGUAAUUUUUUUAAUUAAUAAAAUUAAUUAGGGUUAUAUAGAUUUAUCAUGAACUUUUUUUAACCGCAAGAACUUUAUUAAUUAAAUUGUAAAACGUGAAUACAAAUAUUAAAUCAACCAAAUAGGAGGAAUAUCAAAGAAUAUGUAUGAAAUAUUAUGAUGAAAUAUUAUGAUCACUAGUUUGUUUUGCCAGAACAUCUGCUGCUUGAUUCUUCUCGCGAUUCACAUACUCCAAUGAACACUCUGGUAGCAAAACCAUCCAAUACUGUAUAUCACAUAAGUAAUUCCCCAAAUCAAUAUGUUCAUUCACUUGAUUAAUAAUAAGUCAGAGUUCUUGAUUAUCCCCUUCAAACCAUACUCUUCUCCAACCACGAACCCAUAUCUGUUGCAGAGCAAAAAGAAAACUCAUGGCCUCACCUAUAAGGGAUGAUUGAACUUUUCUAAUUUGAGCAUUUCCGGCUCCCAAAAAGCUCCAUUAUGAUCUCUUAAUAUCCAUCCAAUCCCAUCAACCAUGCUAUUAGAGCCAGAGCUAUAAUCAAAGUUGCACUUUACCCAAUUACAAGGGGAAGGUUACCAUUUCGAUGAUUUAGCACCGUACCCUCUUCUUUGCUGUCCAGUUUGAUAACAUUCCUAUACCAUUCAAUGUUCGAAUUCAUUGCUCUUUUAACGUCUUCACUAGGAUGAACAUUUCUUUUAUUGAAAAUGAAUUCAUUCCUUGACUUCCAAAUCAACCACAAAAUCCAGUAUACUAAUAAUUUAUUUAGCUCCAAAUCCGGUAAAGACUCCAUUAUGCUAAAGAGAAGUUGAAUAUUAUCUUCUAAGUUAUUUGUAAAUAGGUAGACUGAGGUAAUACCUGAACAUCUCCAUAUCUCCAUAUAGAUUUAUCAUUAACUUAUACACUAAAAAUUUCCUAAACUAGAUAAAUACAAAUAUAUGUAUUUCUUAAUUAUAUAUAUAUAUUAUUUACUUUAGGUCCUUCUAUAGUGAAAUAUGCAAAAUGGUCUUCUUCUACUUUUUGAAAGAAUCACGAGAAUGUUGUUCUUUUUUUGUGUGUUCAUAUUGCUUCGCUCAAAGUAUUUGACAAUUUAGAAAUUCAAUUCAAUUCAACGGUUUGAUUUGUAAACAUGUCUCGUGAUCUUUUGGUAUUGAUUACAGGGAAGAAAGAGAAAUAUCUCAUCCGUACAUGCCUAUAUAUAUAACGUCAUUAGCCGCACGUACUCAUCAAACAAGAAGAGCUCAACAGAUUCCAAGAAAGUUCUAACAAAUUGUACCACAUUUUACAAUCACUGUCUUCUAAUUAAAUAUGGUUUCCAUGGAGGCUUUAGCGAUGGCAGGAACCGAUUAUCAAGAAUGGGGACUUAGUGUUGAGGAAUGGGAGCUUCAAGAAUCAGUAGUUCCGCCCCAUUUGCUUGCAGAUGAUUCUGAAAAGGACGAAGAAGAAGAUUAUCAAAAUGAGGAUGAUAGAGUUUUCGAUGGUGUAGAGGUUAAACAAUCUCUUACUUGUGAUAUUCGAGCUUCGGUUGGGAAAUUGAUUGAAGAAUCGAUGUCACAUAUCAUUGUUCACCUCAAGCUGCUUAAGUUCUUGAGACAUCUUCUUGAGAACUUUUUGUUUAGCCAUGUUCUUGAUUUUAUUUUGUAACUGUUGUUUUUAUUUUAACAAAGAGUGAAAUUAUUGUAAUAUAAGUAUUUAUAUUCAAUUUUUAUAAACUGAAUACAUUCAAAUAAAAGCUUAAUUCUGUUUAUAUGGUUACAUUUUUCUUUCAUAAAUCAUAAAACUACGGGAGAGAAAUAACCAAAUCAAAAUUAUCCAACAGAAAUAUCAAAACUAUUUAUAUGGUAAAGAAGAUAUUUACAUAAAAAUAUUGAACCAGACCUAAACUGAAGCAAAACUUUGUGCAACUGAACUGAAUAUACAAAUUAAGUAAAGUGAAGUUCGCCAAAAAUGAUUACUUUAUAUGUAUAUAUAAAAUAUAACUUUGCACAACUGAGCUGAAUUAAACAAACAAAGAUUUUAAUUUUGUUUCACAAUAAG